GUGUUUUUUCUCUCUCCACCUUCUUCUUUCAAUGUCUCAAACUCUCAAUUUCAAUUUUUUUUUUUCUUUCUAAAUUUUCCAAAUUAAAAUUUAAUUCUCUUGCCGUUCCAAUCUCUAAUUCUCUUCCCAUCUGAAUUUGUACCUUUUUCGACAUUUUCCAUGUUUAUCUCAAACUAACCCACAUUGUCCAAUUCAAUCCUCACGCAAAUUCAUGCAUUUUUUCGGUCCAAUUACCCAUGAUUUGGACCCCCAUUAAACCCCUUUUCUUUUAAUAUAAUUUUACUCAUCAUUUCACGAAAUUAUCCCUUGAUUAUUCAAGAUUUUUAGCUAAAAAUAUUGGGUUUCUUUAAUUCUUGGAAAUGAGUAUAAAUGGUGAAGAAAAAGCUGUGUUUGAAAUUGCUUUGGUAUUUACAAAGAAAGAAGAAAAUGGUGAAAGUGAAGAUGAGGAUGAAGGUAACAGAUAUGAAGUUAUGGAGAUUUUGGUUGAAGAAUUGAAGAAAACUGGGUUGAUGGUUGAAGAAGUUCCUGGCCUUUCUCAUGAGUUUAUUAAGUUGGCAGCACCUUUGGAGGCUCUUGGAAAGGCUGCAGCAGAAUUACAGAUAAGGAAACGAACCAAUAUCGGAAUGGACUUAGCUUUUGACUGGGAACAAGUUAAAGCCUUUGCGAGGCAGGCUGAUGGCUCAUUGUUCAGUUGGUGUGAGCGCCAUCAUUGCUACCAUCACUUAAUUUAUGGAAUAGUAAAUAACAGUAAAGUGGCUGUACCUCUGAAAUAUGGCUGCAAAAAUUUCUACUGGGAAUCUUGGGAACCUCUUCUUCGGAAGCUGGAAACAGAAGGCAUUCUCAAACAAGUAUUUCCUUUGCAUGAUGAACAGAAAAAGAAGGAGAUGCUAAGGAGUUGGGCACUUAACUUUUGGGACAUUACAAGGCAGCCAAUUGAUGAUAUAUACCUAUACUUUGGAACCAAGAUAGCAAUAUAUUUUGCCUUUCUUGGAAUGUACACUCGGUGGUUACUCUUUCCUGCGGCAUUAGGGAUUGUAUUGCAUUUAGUUGACUUUGGAUCACUACAAUUUCUGGCUCUUCCGGUGUUUUUCAUAAGUAUCAUAUCAUGGGCUGUAUUCUUCUUCCAGUUCUGGAAACGCAAAAAUUAUGCCCUCAUAACCAGAUGGAACAUCAGUUACACAGUUGGAACAGGACCUGGAUAUAAGAUAUUUGGAAUGGAUCUAAACUCUAGGAAGCAUCCUCUGGAAUUCACAAAAAAGUUGGAGGCUGAUAUUGUCAAAGGGAAAGCAGCAUACCAAAGAGAUGAAUGGUUAGGACGUCUAAAGAGGAUCAGAAAUGAUACAGUCAUUAUAUUGAGCAUUAUUUGUCUUCAGUUGCCUUUAGAGCUAGCUUAUGCUCAUCUCUAUGAAAAAAUUGGAUCGGACAUCAUAAAGUUUGGGCUGACGGCUGUUUACCUACUUCUUAUUCAAUAUUUUACGCGAUUUGGAGGGAAAAUUUCUGCUGAUCUCAUAAAAAAUGAAAACAUUGACAAUGAAGAGUAUCAGGCAGACAGCUUGAUUUACAAGCUGUUUGGGCUUUAUUUUAUGCAGACAUAUAUUGGAGUUUUCUAUCAUGCUUUGCUCCACCGCAAUAUUAUGACACUUCGCAAAGUUUUAAUCCAGCGUCUGAUCGUCUCUGAGGUUUUUGAGAACUUGCUUGAAAAUUCUCUGCCCUACCUUAAAUACAGCUAUAAAAAGUUUGGAGCUGUUAGGCUCAAGAAGAAGCACGAUAAGGGGUCAUCAAUUGGGAAGGUAAAAGUGAAUUCGAGAGUAGAGAAAGAGUAUCUGAAAUCUGCUUACUCUGCCAGCAUUGGAGGAGAACUUGAAGAUGGACUGUUUGAUGAUUUUCUGGAGUUGGCUCUGCAGUUUGGAAUGAUUAUGAUGUUUGCAAGUGCAUUUCCCCUCACUUUUGCUUUUGCUGUUGUGAACAACAUUAUGGAAAUCAGGACAGAUGCUCUAAAAUUGCUUGUCAUGCAUAAAAGGCCUGUUCCUCGUGCUGCUGCUACAAUUGGAGCAUGGCUGAAUAUAUUUCAGUUUCUAAUAGUGAUGUCAAUAUGCACCAACUGUGCACUUUUGGUUUGUUUAUACGAUGAGGAAGGGAAAUGGAAAUUAGAGCCAGGGCUUGCAGCAAUUUUGGUCAUGGAGCAUAUCCUCCUAAUUAUAAAGUUUGGCUUUUCUCGCUUUGUCCCUGAGGAGCCUGCAUGGGUUAGAGCGAGUCGUGUGAAGAAUGCAACACAUACUCAAGAUGUGUCUAGAGAACUCUUGAGGACCAUUUCUGGUGGAGAAAAGAUGUUGAACCCUGCAGAAAUAACGAACUGACACCAAAAAUGCUCGCCUUGUACAUUGGUAUAUAAAAGUUUUGUAGGAUGCCUUGUAGAUGGUACAUAUAGUUAUACAGAGAUGUCAUUGCCGUCUGUGCCCUAUAUCAGUGUCUCAUCUUUUGAUUCUUGUUAUCUUUCUGCCCAGUCUUUUGCUCGAAACUGUACUUGCUUCAAGUUGUAUAAGUGGGUAGUGGAUGCUCAUGGGUUCUUUUAAUCUCAAAGAGAAAAGAACAGAUUUUACAGUAAAGCUGAAAACUUAGAAUUUCUUCCA